AUGAGCAAUGCAUUUCGAAUCGAGAAUAAAAUGAAAAUUGUGAGAAAAAUCAGAUUUUUCAUUUUUUUUUCCAGAGAAUUCUGAAAAUAUCUAGUUUUAUAGCGAGAAAAAACGAUAAAAUAGAAGUUUCAGUAUUUUUAUUGGGCUUUAAAAAUUUUGAUUUUUGGGAAAAUAGGGAAAUUUUUUAGAUGGCCUAAAAAAACAAAAAAUAAUCCCCAAUUUUUGCAGAAAAUCCGUCAAGGCUUCCUUCAAUCUCAAAUUGGUCAAGCUGUUCAAGCAAUCGGAAAUGCUGAUAAACUUCAAACAGAUUCAUCAUUUUGUGGUUCAUCAACAGAUGACAAAACAACAAAAACAUUCUUUAAUCAAGGCUACGAUGCCUCAUUUUAUGCUCAAUUCUGUGCUCUUUCAUGGCGUUCUUGGUUGACUGUAAUUCGAGAUCCGAAUUUAUUAUCAGUCAGAUUAUUUCAAAUUAUUAUAACUGCUUUGAUAACUGGUUUUGUCUAUUUUCAAACUCCAAUUUCACCCGAAACUAUUAUUUCGGUUAAUGGAAUUAUGUUUAAUCAUAUUAGAAAUUUGAAUUUUAUGCUGCAAUUUCCAAAUGUUCCGGUGAGUUGAAGCAAUUUCAGCUGCGAAGCUACGAGCUUAGCUAUGACGUGACAAAAAUAUUGAUUUUUCAGGUGAUCACAGCUGAAUUGCCGAUUGUUUUACGUGAGAAUGCGAAUGGCGUCUAUAGGACUAGCGCAUACUUUUUGGCCAAAAAUAUGGCUGAGGUGAGAAUUGCCACGUGGCACAUGCACUAAAAACUUGAGAUUUGAAAAAAAUCUAUAUUUUUACAGCUUCCUCAAUAUAUAAUUCUUCCAUUUCUUUAUAAUUCAAUAGUUUAUUGGAUGUCUGGCCUUUAUCCAAGUUUUUCUACUUUUAUGUUUGCAUCACUUAUCACAAUUCUAAUUACAAAUGUUGCAAUUAGUGUAUCUUAUGCAGUCGCAACAAUAUUUGCCAAUACUGAUGUUGCAAUGACAAUUCUUCCAAUUUUCGUCGUUCCAAUUAUGGCUUUUGGUGGAUUUUUCAUCACAUUCGAUGCAAUUCCUUCAUAUUUCACAUGGCUUUCUUCAUUAUCAUAUUUUAAAUAUGGAUAUGAAGCUUUGGCAAUUAAUCAAUGGCAAUCAAUCGAUAUUAUUCCUGAAUGUAUUAAUUCAACAAUUUCAGCUUUUGCAUUGAAUUCUUGUCCACAAAAUGGGGAACAAGUUUUAGAAUCAAUUGAUUUUAAUAGUUCCAACAAAAUGUUUGAUGUUUUGAUUCUAUUUGCGAUGUUUUUGAUUAUUCGAAUUAUUUCAUAUUUUGCAUUAUUAAUCAGAUCUUAUAAUAAUCAAUAA